AUGACGACGCACGUCAUCAUGCGUUGCGCCCCGUCAUCGCUCGCGCGCGUCGCCUCGAACGCCGCGGCGUCGUCGAGCGAUGGACGCGCGCGCGCGCGUCGCGCGUCGCGCGUCGCGCACCGCCUCGCCCCCGCGCGCGCGCUGGACGGCGUCGACCCGUACGAGACGACGCAGCUCGUGAGCGUCGCCGGCACCGUCGCCGCGCUCGGCCUCACCGCGCUCGCGCUCGGCGCCAAGGGCGAGCCCAAACCGUGCGCCGCGUGUUCCACGACCGGCGGCGAGCCGUGCGCGUUCUGCGACGCGUCGGGGCGCCGGUCGACGCCGGUGAAGAUCACGCAGCGGGACAGAAACGACGACGGCGUCCUCGGGCUGACGCGUAGGAAUCCGUACGAGUGCACGGCGUGCAAGGGAGCGGGGAUGAUUCUGUGUCGCGCGUGUAGAGGGUCGGGAUACGUCGAUUGA